GGGGCGGAGCAGGUCUCGCGAGGCCGCGCCCCUGAUCGCGCGGGGGCCGAGCGAGCCGUUGUCGCUGGCGGACGGCGGGAUAAAGGUCUGGAACUGCGAGACGGGUGCCUUCACGCUCUCGGCCAUGGAAGCGCCUGCGCCCCCGCCCGCGGUCGCGGCUCGUGGGAGCCGAAAACUGCUGCUGCUGCUGCUGCUGCCGCCGAUGCUUCUGCUCCUGCUCCCGGCCGAGGCGCAGAAGGACCGGGAGCCCGAGGAGGGUCCCCGAGCCCGCGAAAAGGCGUGCCACUUCUACGCGGGGGGACAAGUGUACCCGGGGGAGGCAUCCCUUCUGUCGGUCGCCGAUCACUCCCUGCACCUUAGCAAAGCCAAGAUUUCUAAGCCAGCACCCUCUUGGGAAGGAACAGCUGUAAUAAAUGGCGAGUUUAAGGAGCUGAAGUUAACUGACUAUCGUGGGAAGUACCUGGUUUUUUUCUUCUAUCCACUCGAUUUCACUUUUGUGUGUCCAACGGAAAUUAUCGCCUUCAGUGACAGAAUUGAAGAAUUCAGAUCUAUAAACACAGAAGUGGUCGCAUGUUCUGUUGAUUCACAGUUUACCCAUUUGGCCUGGAUUAAUACACCUCGAAAACAGGGAGGUCUUGGGCCAAUAAAGAUUCCACUUCUUUCAGAUUUGACCCAUCAGAUAGCCAAGGACUACGGCGUGUAUCUGGAAGAUUCCGGCCAUACUCUUAGAGGCCUCUUUAUUGUUGAUGACAAAGGAAUCCUAAGACAGAUUACUCUGAAUGAUCUUCCUGUGGGCAGAUCAGUGGAUGAGACACUACGUUUAGUUCAAGCAUUCCAGUACACUGACAAACAUGGAGAAGUGUGUCCUGCUGGUUGGAAGCCUGGUAGUGAAACAAUAAUCCCAGAUCCAGCUGGAAAACUAAAGUAUUUUGAUAAACUCAACUGAAAAAUAGUUCCUCAGAUUUCAAUGCUUGAAACGUCUCAAUAAACAAACUUCUCUGUUUCAGUUUCA